AUGGCGGAGAAGGUGAAGGGCAGGGCGAGCAGCCAGAUGUUCACGCUGGGGCUGGUGAUGUCCUGGUACUCGUCCAACAUUGGGGUGCUUCUGCUCAACAAGUACCUGCUCAGUAACUACGGAUUCAAGUACCCGAUCUUCCUCACCAUGUGCCACAUGUCCGCCUGCUCCCUGCUCAGCUAUUUCGCCAUCGCCUGGAUGAAGCUCGUGCCGAUGCAGGUCGUGCGCUCCCGCGUCCAGUAUGCCAAGAUCGCCGCCCUCAGCCUUAUAUUCUGCGGCUCCGUUGUCAGUGGCAACAUCUCUCUUCGAUUCCUCCCGGUCUCCUUCAAUCAAGCCAUUGGCGCCACCACCCCCUUCUUUACGGCCAUCUUUGCUUGUAUCAUGACCGUCCGCGGGGAGACCUGGCUCACAUACGCGACGCUCGUCCCUGUUGUUGCUGGGGUCAUCAUUGCCAGCGGGGUAAGCGAUUCGCCUGUUAUUACGGAGUUUUCCCUCUUCUUUCUGUUAUCAAUCUCUGAUCUGUGCAUCGUUUUUCCUUCUUUCUUCUUGUGUGGAUCGUCUGCUUUGAGAUCUGUCGGUCGAAUCUCAUCGCAUUACCCAGAAGCUAUUCGUUAUAACUCAGCGGAUGUCCUUCAGAUGUUUCCAUUUUUGUUUAUUCUUCCUUCUUACUUGGACAAUCUUCAAGACGCCCACGAGCUUCUUUGAUUCCCCUGCGAUGUUUCCGCUCAGAUUGUGUUCUAUACUCUUUCCCCCCCCUUUGGUCUGUUUGGUUCGUCCAUUUGACCCAUUAGUCCCUUUUUACAUCAAAAAUAUUGUACCCAUGAAUCACUGUUGUCAUUAGAUCUGUGAUUUGAUAACUGAACCGUAUUAUGUACUUUGUACCUCUGAAACAACGCAGACCAUAUAAACUGUAUAUCUUCUGUCCUGCUCUAUCGGAGUCCACUCUCAUUUGGUUCUUCUCUUCUUUUAUUGUUGUUGCUGUAUUUUUUUAAUCAUUAAUGAAUUAAGAAAUGAAAACAAUACAGAAUCCAGUCGUGCAUUUUAUGAUGAAUAGUAGUUAUUCAUCUAAUUACGUAUGUAAUGGUUUCUAUCAUUUUUUGGGAUAAGAUACCCAGAUUUUAUUUUUCUUUGUCCUGGAAAAUUCGUUGGUUUGAGUCCGGUGACUAACGUUGGACUUGCAUGCUCUCGAUGCCAUUCAUCCGGUGACUAUGCUUAAGCAAAAGCUUGUUAGCACUAAUUUUGCACUCAUGGAGUUUUCAAACAAUAUAAUCAGAGGUAUUCUGAUCACAAAUUUGAAAUCAAAAUUGUCUAGUUAUAGCACUCUGCUGGUUUAUAACUCCAAAUAUUAGCGAUUUUAUCUUAAUACUAUGAUUUUUACUUGCAGGGUGAGCCGAGUUUCCACUUAUUUGGAUUUAUAAUGUGCGUUGGCGCCACUGCUGCAAGAGCACUCAAAUCUGUGCUACAAGGGAUCUUACUGUCUUCUGAGGGGUAACCUUCUCUUCAUCUUUACUUUCUGUGAUGCCCAAUUCUUCUAAAAAAAAUUUACAACCCACUAAAAUUUGCGAGAUUUUAUCAGCACCUUUCCAUCAAUACUGAUAUCCAUGGAGUUUUGGAUCAUCCAGAAAAAAAAAAGGAUAGGUAGUAAUGAGAUGUAACUUUUAUUUAUAUUCCAGGGAAAAGCUCAAUUCGAUGAAUCUUCUUCUGUACAUGGCUCCAACCGCUGUUCUCUUCUUGCUUCCUGCAACUAUCAUGAUGGAAGAGAAUGUGGUUGGCCUCACAUUAGCGCUCGCUAGAGAAGAUGUCAGGAUUAUUUGGUACCUGCUCUUCAAUUCUGCCUUGGCAUAUUUUGUGAACCUGAGCAACUUCUUGGUCACCAAGCAUACCAGUGCUUUGACUCUUCAGGUGCACAACCUUCUACUCGUCGUGCAUGCAAAUAGAGCUUCUUAGUUUGCCUUAAACCUGCAUAUUCUCUUUUUUGCCUCACUCAGUAGCAACUGCAGUGGGGAAGGGAAAAAAGGUAAGAAAAAAUCCUUUGGAUCUGAGAGCGACUUUCUGUACCGGAAGAUAUCUUGUUCAUUCGUUGUAUAUUCCUUAUAGUUCCUCAGUUCAUAAGGUUGGAAUGCGUUUUCUGAUUGAAGAAUACUCUACCGUUUUAAAUGAGACAACAAUAGCACUUUGAAGAAUAUUUAGAGACAAAGUGCCGUUAUUGUACAUGAUGUCAUCUUAAUCUGAACCAUGAUAAAAAUCUAGGGUAGAUGUGGGAAGCUUCAGUUUACUUUAAAGAUAAUAUUCCGAAACCCUAGCUCAUCUUUUGGUCUGUAUCAAUGAUUUCUGAUUAUGUGAUGUGGCAACUGACAUUACGAAAAACUAAAUGGCAGACUUGAAGAUUAGGGCAGCCGUGGCCAACCUCUCACCAUUUCGCUCUUUCUUGAUUUUACUGCACGUUUGACAGUUCCUGGGGAAAGUGAUAAAACCAAUCAAGCUAUGAAACGUAGGCUCAAAAGAACCCUUUGAUAACCCACAUGUACAUAUCCAUAUAUAUAUAUAUAUAAAACGAUGCAGAUAGAAAAUCUAGUUGAAUGCUUGAUUAUGUCAUAGAUUAUCUAAAAUCUGUGUAGCUUUCAGUGGAUAUGGACUUUAUUACCAAAAAACGGUGCCCUUCGAAUGAUUUGUCUAGAAGACUGGAUGUGUUAGCUACUCCCCAGAAGAAAAUAAACCAUCGAGGACUGGCUGGAUCCAAAAUAAGGGGACCCUCCGACCGUUCUGAUCUUCUUGUAUCCUUCUGUUUCCAUAAAUCCCUCGUGUUUCUAUCAAUAUUUUCAAAUCAAAGUAAACCAUAGUCUUGUCUCCUUUGAUUUUCCAUUAAGAUUCCUUAUAAAUUAACCGGACAAUAAAAUUGGAUUCUUGUAACCCUCGUGUUUCUAUUAAUAUUUUCCAAUUGAUCAAACCGAAAUCUUGUGUCUACUCGUAUUUUCCAUUAAGCUUCUAUAUAAAUCAACUAAACCAUAGAUCUGAGUCUUCUUGACCAAACGAUAAUCUCCUAAACUUUUCAAUGAGCUCAUUAUCGAAUCAACUUUAAGUUUCAUGAAGGUCAGAAAGUAGUUUCAGUAAAGAUAAUGGGAGAUAUUGUGAUUUUUAAUGUCACAUGAAGAAGCGCAUUCUGUGUGACAUGCCCAUAACAGCCUCCUAUGGGGAGAUACUGUGGGUUCCACUGUUUUCAUGGGAUGUGAUCUUUUUAUCUGGAAUAAACGCUGAAUCCCAUCGUGAAUUAUCCUGAAAAAAAGCUGAUUUUCUUCCCCAUUUAUUGUAGAUAAAUUUUGAAAAAUCAGUGAUCCUCGCACUCGUCCAUUUUUACUCCCUCAUUGCUUACUCAUCAUCAUCUUCUUCCCAUAUGACCAUCAGACACUAUCAGUAGAUUCUAGACUCAUCUCUCUCUCUCUCUCUCUCUCUCUCUCUCUAAAAUGCAGUGAUCCUUUCACCCAUCCAUUUUUACUCCCUCAUUGGUUGUUCAUCAUCAUCUUCUUCCCAUAUCAAAUCAUCAGACACUCUCAGCAGAUUCUAAACUCAUCUCUCUCUCUUUCUCCCUGUAUAUAUCCAGGUUCUUGGGAAUGCCAAGGGAGCUGUGGCCGUGGUCGUCUCGAUUCUGAUAUUCAGGAACCCCAUUUCGGUUACAGGGAUGCUCGGCUACACCCUCACGGUCAUCGGAGUAAUUCUGUAUAGUGAGGUGAAGAAGCGUGGCAAAUGA